AAGGUUAAGUGGUGAAGGAAACGAGGAAGAAAUGCCACUUAGUUUCUUGUGUGUUAACCUGGUGUACGGAAGGUGGUUUACUCUCCUGGUUCAGUCUUCAAAAAAUCGACCCCACACCACCAUGUUGGACCACCUCCCUGUACGCUGGUUAUUGCCCACCGUCCUACCUCUCCUACGGGUCCUCCUGCUGGCGAUCCUUCGAGGCGCUCACCAAGGAUCCUAUCCAGCUCCUACGACACUCCUACAUCACUACGACUUCGUUAUAGUGGGUGGAGGAACUGCUGGUUGCGUUAUGGCUGCACGACUAUCGGAAGUACCUGAGUGGAAAGUACUUCUACUGGAAGCCGGAGGUGAACCACCCCCGGAAAGUAUAGUACCGGGGUUGAGUCGGGUCUUCUACUUCCCCAGCGAAAGUACUUGGGACUACUUUCUCCAUCCCCAACGACAUGGUCUCAGAAAUUACCGAAAUAGGAGUAGUCCAGUCCCCCAGGGUCGUGUACUAGGAGGGUCGUCAGCGAUCAACGGGAUGCUCUACGUACGAGGCAACAGGCGGGAUUACGACCACUGGGCUGCCUUAGGUAACAGAGGCUGGGAUUAUGACUCCGUCCUCCCCUACUUCAGGAAAGCGGAGGGAUACAGAGGCCCCUUAAGUCCUUCUACAGAGAGUUACCAUGGACGAGAAGGACCACUCCCAGUAACGCCAGACGAAGAGAAUGACGGCUUCACCAGCGCUUUCCUCAAGGCUGGCGAGCAGUUGGGUUAUUCAGUAAUAGAUCCGAGCGGUCCUGAGCAGAUUGGGUUCGCCAAGACUGAGUACACCACGAGAGGCGGCGAGAGGUGGCAUACAGCGCGGGCCUACCUCAACCCCGCCUCCAGACGCCACAAUUUACAUAUUCUCACAGGCGCCACUGUCUUAAAGGUGAUCUUCAACCAGGAGAAGAGAGCCGUAGGUGUAAAAUACCUUUAUAAGGGCGAGGUGAGGAAGGUGUCCGUCAAAAGGGAGGUGGUGAUGUCCGCAGGUGCUCUCGCUUCACCCAAGUUAUUGAUGUUGUCUGGAGUUGGACAUCGAGACCAUCUUAACAGCCAUGGGGUGAAGGUUGUAGUUGACCUGCCCGGAGUUGGUCAGAACCUUCAGGACCACGUGUGUCUCUAUGGGCUGACCUGGACGCUGCCCCCGGGGUCACCAACUGGGGUAUUGAACGUCGCCAGUCCUAAGAUGGUCAGCGACUACAUCCACCACCGCACAGGGUCAUACUCGACGCCUCUGAGUGACUUCGGGCACGCCUGGGCACUAGUAAACGGGGCAGGUCAUGACCCCUAUUGGCCAGAUAUUCAGUUGUUUAUGGCAUCGAAUGGUUUGGCACAAGAGGGUAUUUUAGCAUCUGUGGCACUGGGAUUAGACACCAAGAAAUACUUGCAACACUACAGUUCACUCUUCGGCCGGCCGGGGAUGACCAUAAUGCCUUACCUUACGCGACCUCUCAGCAGGGGGUCAAUCACCUUGGCCUCCCGUGACCCCUUACAACCUAUGAUCAUUGACCCCAAUUACCUCAGUCACCCAGAUGACGUCACUACCCUGGUUAACGGUAUAAAGUUGGCUGUCCAGUUAAGUAAGACACCUGCCAUGGCCUCAACCCUCGGAGCUAAACUCUACGCCAAGCCGCUGCAGGAGUGUGCCGGGAAGGUGUUCGGGUCUGACAAGUACUGGAGGUGUUACGUCCUCCACAUGGCCACCACCUUUUACCACUUCGCCGGCACCUGUAGGAUGGGCCCCGCCUCUGACCCUUACAGCGUGGUGGACGAUGAGCUCAAGUUACGUGGAGUAGCAGGUGUGAGAGUGGUGGACGCUUCAGUUAUGCCAGUGGUGGUGUCUGGCAACCCCAUGGCCGCCAUUAUUAUGAUAGCUGAACGUGCCGCUGACGUCAUCAAACAGGACUGGACCUCUGCCAGAUAAGGACGUCUCCUCUCUCUCUCCUCUGGCUGAUGUGUAGAGAGUAUAAUAACAGUGUUAAUUUAUCACAAGUGCUAUAUUGAUGAUUUUUUAGUGUUUGGUUAGGUUAGAUUUGGUUAUGUUGCCUUAGGUUAAUGUUAGCUUAGGUUAGUUUAGGUUAGUUAAGAGUAAAUUUUAUAUAUAUUAAUCUUGAUAUAAAUUCCUAUUAGUAUGAACGUAUAAAGAAUAUAUUCAUACAGUGUAUAAAUGUACAUAUAUAAAUAGUUUACAAUGUAUAUAGUUUCCUUAGCUACCCCUGCAAGCUUGUGUAUAUAAAUCAUUCAUAAUGUAUAUAUUUCUUAAACCUAUAUCUAUCUGGACUAUAUCAUACACAUCAAUGUAUAUACACUGUCUGCUCUCUUAUCUAUCGUAGUUUAUAGAAGUUAUAUUAUGCUGUAUAUAUUCGUAUUAUUUUUAUAAACACCUUUAGUGAUAUAACUCCCCUUCAUUGUGUAUAUAUAUAAAUUUCCAUAUACUUCCUGGAUUCUAGAAUAUUUGUUAUAAUAAAAAUUUAUCUAUACAUUAGUUAUAUAAAUUAUUUUCAUGAAUUUGAUACAUAAAUAACUAAUAUAAAUUAUCUAUAUAUUAUCUACAUAAUUUACUAAUAUAAAUUAACUAUAUAAACACGAAUGUUGUAUAUAAAUUAAGUAUAUAAAUUUGGCUGGAGUUUCACACUAAUUAACAGGUAAGUUAAGUCCACACCUGAGUUGAUUACCUUAAUUAUUAUUGUCUUAUUUAACCCUUUCUGUCCUUCAAUGGUGAGAGGGAGAGGUAGGUAUGUAUGUAUGUAUGUAUGUAUGUAUGUAUGUAUGUAUGUAUGUAUGUAUGUAUGUAUGUCCUUACACUCCUCAGCUGUCAUACAAGUUUACCUCAAGUUCUUCACAGGUGAGUCACCAACAAGGUCAAGAUUAGGUCACGCCCUCGACUACAAGGUCUUAUGAGUCCUCCUUCAUGAUGUAUGUAUGUAUGUAUGCAUGUAUGUAUGUAUGUAUGUAUCAAUA